CAGCGGCCGGGCAGAUCGCCCAGCCUCCGCCCGGAGUCUGGGAAGCGUUCGGGCCAAGAGGAGGAGCCAGAGACACCGUGCGGGUGGAGUCGGGAGCUCGAGAACCGUGGAGGCGUUUUUCCUGUACCCGGCUCUCUACGGCUACCAUGGCGUUUGGAAAGAGUCACCGGGAUCCCUAUGCGACCUCCGUGGGCCACCUUAUAGAAAAGGCUACCUUUGCUGGAGUUCAGACUGAGGACUGGGGCCAGUUCAUGCACAUUUGUGACGUGAUUAACACGGCCAAUGAUGGGCCAAAAGAUGCAGUAAAAGCUUUGAAGAAAAGGAUUUCUAAAAACUACAAUCAUAAAGAAAUUGAACUUACCUUGUCACUUAUUGACAUGUGCAUGCAGAACUGCGGUCCAAGUUUCCAAUCUCUGAUUGUGAAGAAGGAGUUCAUUAAAGAUAGCCUAGUUAAGCCGCUGAAUCCCAAAUACAACUUGCCAUUAAACAUUCAGAAUAGGAUUUUGAAUUUUAUUAAGACGUGGUCACAGGGUUUCCCAGGAGACGUGGAUGUGAGUGAAGUGAAAGAAGUGUACCUGGACCUGCUGAAGAAAGGUGUUCACUUUCCUCCCUCAGAUGCGGAGGCCGAAACAGCCGAACAAGAGACGACUCCGAUCUCAUCAAAUCCACCAACAUGUGUUCCUACCGCCCCAGCUCUUUCUUCUGUAAUUGCUCCCAAGAACACGACUAUCUCGUUGGUGCCAGAGCAGAUUGGAAAAUUGCUCAGUGAGUUGGAUAUGGUGAGGAUGAAUGUCAAAGUGAUGUCUGCCAUAUUGAUGGAGAAUAUUCCAGGAUCUGAAAACCGUGAAGACCUAGAGCUUCUGCAGAAACUGUAUAAGACGUGUCGCGAGAUGCAGGAGCGGAUCAUGGACCUGCUUGUGGUGGUGGAGAAUGAAGACGUAACUGUUGAGCUCAUUCAAGUGAAUGAGGAUUUGAAUAAUGCCAUCCUUGGAUAUGAGAGGUUUACUCGAAACCAACAAAGGAUCUUGGAGCAAAAUAAUCAGAGGGAAAAUGCCAAUACUGCCAGUGAACCUUCUGCCCCAUCCUGUGAGCUCGUUGACCUAAGUCCCAGCCCUCCGAAUCAUAGGGCCUCCCUGGAAGAGCUCAACACCAUGAAUGCUCAGCUUUCAGACCUAAGUUUCAGCUCUCCACGUCCUCUUGUAACCAACAACCUGCAAUCCAGUGUUCACCCACAGGAAGAUUUUCUAGCCUUGGGAAACACAGAAACAGCCCUGUCUGCCCAAAGGACCGGCCAAAACCUCGCCACAGAUCAUACAUACGAGAGCGUUCCAGACUAUUUAAAUACAACAUUACUACACCCAGUGAGUCUGCAGACCACUCCAACCACACCAUCUAACCAGAGGCGGCCAGCCUUGCCUGGCAAUCAUCCAGCCAUGGCAAAGAAUGAUCUCCAGCCACCCAAUUACUUCGAGGUAAUGGAGUUUGAUCCCUUAGCUCCUGCCGUCACUACAGAAGCUACAUAUGAAGAAAUUGAUGCUCCUCACCACAAAGGCACUCAAAAUCACAGUGACUGUUGAGGUAAAGACUUCCACUUACAUAACCUUCAUUCCACAUUCUAUGGGAUUUCAGUGUAAUUAUCACUUUCUCUCUCUAGUAUUUACAUUUUGUAAGGGCCACCCGAGUCUUUGACACUGUGAUGAAUGAAAUGUUGUUAUACAGGUUCCUCCAAAUCAAAUGAAAUACAUUCUCUGUGACCUUGUUAACUAAAAAUAAUAAAUUUUGGAAAUGCAGAAGUUUGUUUAUAUGUAGAAAUAUUAAUGCCAACAAAAACAGAUGAUCAAUAAAAACUCUUUAGCCCUGGAAUCAGACAUUUAUCUUUUAUGUGCAGCUAAUGCCUGUAAACUGGGACUGGGAGAAACCAGUCAUUGUUAUCCCAGAGAGGCCUGGAUUGUUCCUAUUUGCUAUACUAGUCAUCCCAUUUAUUUAUUAAAAAAUGCAUGGCCACUAAUAAUCUAUUAACCUUAUUUAUUCCCCUCACCAACCCCCACAAUGAAGACAGUACAUUCCUGUUUUCCCUCUAUUAAUAUGUGGAUCUCUUGUUAUCAAGGAAUGGGGAAAGACAAGGAAAGUAGGGGGUGGCUGACUAUGUUCUGUUUAUUCCAGGUGAAAGUGAAUGACCAGCUCACUAACUGCAUUAGGAGUAACAACUCUCUAAAAGGUAGACCCUGUCCAGCUCUGAGGCCCAGAAGACCUACCCACACAUCAAAACCAUGAUGGAGCAUUUCUCCUCUGCAAUAGUGAGAGUUAAACAGAAGAGUAACAGUUCAUGCUCUCUCAUAAGAAUUUGGUUUUAACAUAUAUUCACUUAAAACUUAAACAGGAGAAAAAUUCAUUGUGCGGAGGCCAACCAGGUUAACUGGAGCAACUUACUGUUUCACAGGCUUUCCUACCUUCAGAAAUCAUCUCAUGGCUGUGAUGAGAGUAGAUGAAUACUUUUUAUUACAAAAUAAUUCUGAAUAGAUGUAAGCAUGAAAUGUGAGAGACUAAAUAUACUAUUCAAGAAUAGUGAGUGCCUUCAUUUAACUGAAGUUAAAUAUAAAAGUCUAUUUGCACUUCUUUAUAAAUAAUAUUCUUGUUUAGAAUUACGAAUUGUAAAAAAACCUUAAUAUUGUAGUUUAUAUUUCAGGUACCCUGAAGAAGUCACCAAACGCUACAUCGAGUUGCCUUUAAAUACGAUUCUUUAUAAUACUAAAUGUUCUCUUUUUUCUUUUUUACUAAAAUUCAAUAUUUCUAUUUGGAACAAAGACCACUGGAAAAUAUUCAGAAUAAAUUAUACAUUCAUUUAUGUCAUAAAUUACAAUGAAAAAUUACUAUUAAAACAAGUUAAUACAUCUUU